AUGAUGAAACCUUCCACGGCAGAGACGCUUCAUAAAGGAAGGAUGUUGUGGAUAAUUCUUCUAAGCACAAUUGCUCUAGCAUGGACUACACCUAUUCCCUUGAUAGAGGACUCGGAGGAACUGGAUGAGCCCUGCUUUGAUCCAUGUUACUGUGAAGUGAAGGAGAGCCUUUUCCAUAUACAUUGUGACAACAAGGGAUUUAUAAAUAUUAGUCAGAUAACAGAGUCGUGGUCGAGACCUUUUAAACUUUAUCUGCAGAGGAAUUCCAUGAGGAAAUUGUACACCAACAGUUUUCUUCACUUGAACAAUGCUGUAUCUAUUAACCUUGGGAACAAUGCACUGCAGGACAUUCAGACGGGGGCUUUUAACGGGCUCCGAGUUCUGAAGAGGUUGUAUUUGCACGAAAACAAAUUGGACAUUUUCAGGAACGACACUUUCCUGGGUUUGGAAAGUCUGGAAUAUCUGCAGGCAGAUUACAACGUCAUUAAACGGAUUGAAAGCGGGGCAUUUCGAAACCUAAGUAAAUUGAGGGUCCUUAUCCUAAAUGACAAUCUUAUCCCCAUGCUUCCCACCAAUUUAUUUAAGUCUGUGUCCUUAACUCACUUGGACUUGCGGGGGAACCGCCUCAAAGUCCUUUCGUACCGCGGGAUGUUGGACCACAUUGGCAGGAGCCUGAUGGAGAUCCAGCUGGAGGAGAACCCGUGGAACUGUACGUGCGAGAUUGUGCAGCUCAAGAGCUGGCUGGAGCGUAUCCCCUACACUGCUCUGGUGGGGGACAUCACCUGCGAGACACCCUUCCAUUUCCACGGGAAGGACCUGCGGGAAAUCAAAAGAAGCAAGCUCUGCCCCAUGCUGUCUGACUCCGAGGUGGAAGCCAGCCUGGGCAUCCCUCAGCUGUCCUCCAGCAAGGAGAACGCAUGGCCUACGAAGCCUUCCUCCAUGCUGUCCUCCUUCCAUUUCACCGCUUCCUCUGUUGAGUACAAAACGUCCAACAAGCAGCCCAAGCCCACCAAGCAGCCCCGGGCGCCCCGGCCUCCCCCGACCCCCCGUGGCCUGUACCCCGGGCCCAACCAACCGCCCGUGGCUGCCUAUCAGACCCGGCCCCCCAUCCCCAUCAUCUGCCCCACCGGCUGCUCUUGCAGUUUGCACAUCAACGACCUGGGCCUGACGGUCAACUGCAAGGAGCGGGGGUUCCACAACAUCUCCGAGCUCCUGCCCAGGCCCUUGAACGCCAAGAAGCUGUACCUGAGCGGGAAUUUGAUCCAGAAGAUCUACCGCUCCGAUUUCUGGAAUUUUUCCUCCUUGGAUCUCUUACACCUGGGGAACAACCGGAUCUCCUACGUGCAGGACGGGGCGUUCAUCAACCUGCCGAACCUCAAGAGCCUGUACCUGAACGGGAACGACAUCGAGCGGCUCACCCCGGGCAUGUUCCGAGGCCUGCAGAGUUUGCAUUACCUGUACUUCGAGUACAACCUGAUCAGGGAAAUCCAGCCGGCGGCCUUCAGCCUCAUGCCCAACCUGAAGCUCCUCUUCCUCAACGACAACCUGCUCCGCACGCUGCCCACCGACGCCUUCGCCGGCACCUCCCUGGCGCGCCUCAACCUGCGCAACAACCACUUCCUGGCGCUGCCGGUGGCCGGGGUGCUGGAGCACCUGCACGCCAUCGUGCAGAUCGACCUGAAGCUCAACCCCUGGGACUGCACCUGCGAGCUGGUGCCGCUCAAGCAGUGGCUGGAGGCGCUCAGCUCCGUCAGCGUGGUGGGCGAGGUGCUGUGCGCCAGCCCCGAGCCGCUGGCCCGCCGCGACCUGCGCUCGCUGGAGCUGGCCGCGCUGUGCCCCGCCGCCCUGCGUCCCGCCGCCGCCUCGCCCCCCGCCGCCGCCGCCCCGCCGCCGCCCGCCGCCACCGGCGCGGCCGCCUACGAGCUGCCCCCGGCCGCCGCGGCCGCGGCCGUGCCGCUCUCCGUGCUCAUCCUCAGCCUCCUCGUCCUCUUCUUCUCCGCCGUGCUGGUGGCCGCCGGGCUCUUCGCCUUCGUGCUGCGCCGCCGCCGGCGGAAGCUGCCGUUCCGCGGCCCGCGGGCGGAGGCGGCGGACCUGGGCGCGGUGCCGCUGCGCUGCCCGCGGCUCUUCCCCGAGGCCGGCGGCGGGGGCGGCGGGGGCGGCGGCGGGGGGGGGCCCGGGGAGCGGUCCCCGGAGAAAGCGCCCCCGGCGGGCCACGUCUACGACUACAUCCCGCACCCGGUGACCCAGAUGUGCAACAACCCCAUCUACAAGCCGCGGGAGGAGGAGGAGGCGGCGGGCGGCGGCGGCGGAGAGGCGGCCGAGCUGCUGCGGGGCGGCGGCGGCGAGCGCGGCUUCGCCCACCCCGCCGCCCCGUCCGCCGCGCCGGAGCCGGGCAGCAGCUACCGCACCUUGCUGGAGAAGGAGCAGGAGUGGAGCCUGGCCGUGUCCAGCUCGCAGCUCAACACCAUCGUGGCCGUGCACCCCCAGCACCCCGCGGGCGGAGGGCUGGCGGCGGGCGCGCUCGGGGCGGCGGCGGCGGCGGCGGGGGGAGCCCCGCGGGACCGCGACCGCCCGCCGCCCUGCGCCGUGGGGUUCGUGGACUGCCUGUACGGCACCGUGCCCAAGCUGAAGGAACUGCACGUCCACCCCCCCGGCAUGCAAUACCCGGACCUGCAGCAGGACGCCAGGCUGAAGGAGACCCUGCUCUUCGCGGCCGGCAAGGGCUUCCCGGACCACCAAACCCCCACAAGCGAAUACCUCGAGUUAAGGGCCAAACUCCAAACCAAGCCGGAUUACCUCGAAGUCCUGGAGAAGACCACGUACCGGUUCUGACCGCCGCCCCGCCGCCCGCCCGGCCCCGCCGCCCGCGAGCAGAGGAUACAGCUGUGCGCUCUGCCCCGCCAGAUGUGCGCGCUGCGGGGCAGGGCCCUUCUCAGAUCAGUAAUCGACGAAGUGCCUUCGCAGACUUUUGCCAGCAGAUGUUAAUCAAUCAUUAUUUUUUAUACUGAAACUGAGACUUUGACUGUGCCAUGUCUAAAGGUAUAUUAUUAUUAUUAUUAUAUUAUUAUUAUAUUAUUAUUAUCUGGGAUCUUUGCACUGAUCCUGAUUAAGUAAACUCUAUGUGUGUCUGUCUUUUUUUUUCUUUUUUAUUUUCUUUAUUCUUGUUUUCUUGUUGUUUGUUUUGUUCGUUGGCUCUUUUUUCUUUUCCUUUUUCCUUUUUUUUCCUUUUUUUUUUUUUUUUUUUUAAAUUUCCAUUGGCAGCAAACUUCCUUGAUAUUUUCCCUUGGAGGGGAGGGAGAGGGAAGAUGGCAUUUUCUGGCCUGCUUUCUUCUUGCCCAUCAUGGCACAGAUUCUGUACAUUUAUUUAAAAGAGGAAAAUAAUAAUAAUAAUGCAAAGAAGCAAACGAGUGCAGUUUGCUGCAUGCCUGGAAACUGCAAGAGGGAAGGGAGGGGAGGGUCUUGCUCGAAUGUCUCACUCUUGUCUCUCUCCCUCCCUCGCACGCACACUCGUCACCCUCACCCUCCGCGCACCCCCCGCUCGCUCAGCCCCUCCAGGGGGCUCGGUGGCCGCGGGGGGAAUCCCGGGGAAAAUCCCGGGGGCUGGGGGAAGCCACCCGGAGCCGAGCAGCCCAAAGGAUGUCACCACGUGGCGCGCACACCUAGGGGAUGCUCAGUGACACUUCAUUAUGACGCCAUGGUUUUUUGGAGGACAUCCGCACUUUUCCUAAUAAAAGCGACAUGCAAAUAUACAGAGAGGAAAAAAAAAAAGAAACAAAAAGAAAAAAAAAACCAACAAAAAAAAAACCAACCCAAAAGCUAAUGGGCACCUCUCACUAACGGCUUUGUAGGAAGCACUUUUAAUGUUUUCUCUCAUGCACCCAUACACGCACACGUGCACACACACACAAAGGUACAACAAUGUGCAUAUAUUUAUUCUGUAAUUUCAAGUGAAUAUAAAUUGUAAAGGUAAUGUUUAAUCAUUGUACAGUGAUGCGUCUGAUAUAGCUUUCCUAAUAAAACGUUUUGAAAAAAAAUGCAUAUA